AAUCAUAGCAGUGCAUCUCUUACAGCAGACACGCCUCUUCAAACACUAACUAUUCAGAAACCUCAUGAAUACUGAUCAUGGUGACAGGAAGAUACUCUUCACACUGAGAGCUUCAUUUGAAUAUUAUUAUGAAAGAUCUGCAGUCAUGCAUUUACACAUUUAUUUUUUUUUAAUCAUCCUUCUUGAAAGAUGUUUUACUUUUUUAUUUUUUGAAAGUGGUUUCAUUUGGGUUGUUCCUGUCUCGGCAUGGGGCAGGUCACUACAAUAGACUUUAAAAAGAGGAAGGAAAAAAAAAUUGCAAAAACUACAGAAGAAAGUUUUCAGCUCACAUUUGCGGUUCACUCUCCUGGAGUCUGUUUGCUGUGUCUGAAACUACAACACGUUUCCUGCAGUGAUGUCACAGAGACCGGCUCCUUCUCUUCUUCUGCUGUUUCUGCUCAUGAUUCCAGGAGUUUGUAGUCAGUGGAGUGUGAGUUACAGUCCUUCACACAUCUGUGCACUAAAUAACUCAUCAGUGAUAAUGAGCUGCACUUAUACAUACCCUACUGGAUAUCAGAUCGAGAGAGUGUUCUGGACCAAAACAAAUAUUAAGGAGAAAAAUGAAGAGUUUCCAGAUCUGUCUGAGGACCCUGAAUACAGUCAGAGGCUUCAGUAUCUGGGAGAUAAACAGCAGAACUGCACCAUCAGACUGAGUCAUGUGACACUGAAGGAUUCACACGAGUACUAUUUCAGAUUCACCACUAAUAAAGAUGAUGGAAAAUGGCUUGGUUUUCCAGGAGUGACUCUUACUGUCACAGAUCUUCAGGUGGAGUCUCCUGAGAGAGUGACAGAGGGAGAUUCAGUCCGUCUGACAUGUAAAAGCAGCUGCACUCUGACUGACAGAGCAACAUUCAUCUGGUACAGAAACUCACAGCCAGUAACUACAGGAAUUAUUGGAAACCAGCUCAUCCUCUGGAGAGUCAGCAGAGAAGAUACAGGCAGAUAUAGCUGUGGUGUAGAUGGUUACAUCUCUCCUGCUGUUCAACUCAAUAUUAGAUAUCCUCCAGAGAAUCCAGUGAUCUCCAUCAGUCCAUCUGGUGAAAUAAAGGAGGGAGAAUCAGUGACUCUGAUCUGCAGCAGUGAUUCAAACCCUCCUGCAGAAAUCAGAUGGUUUAAAGGAGGAACAUAUCUGAAAUUUGGAAAAACAUACAGCAUCUCAAAGAUCAGCUCUGAUGACAGUGGAGAAUACAAAUGCAAGUCCAUCAAUGAACAUGGAGAGAAAUACUCUGCUGUGACUUUAAACGUCAUGUACCCUCCCAGGAACGUCUCAGUGUUGAUAAACGGAUCUGGUGAAAUAGUGUCAGGAGAUUCAGUGACUCUGAUCUGCAGCAGUGAUUCAAACCCUCCUGCUCUGAACUUCAGCUGGUUUAAGGAGAAUGAAAGCUCAGCUGUUGGAUCUGGACAGAGUUUCAGUGCACUACAGAGUGGACGCUUCUACUGUCAGGCUCACAAUCAACAUGGAUCUCAGAGAUCAGACGCUGUAACUGUCACAGUGCAUCAUGGUCUUGGUUGGCAUGUCUGGUUGGGGAUCACAGUGGCAUGUUUAGGAUUCUUCAUCAUCAUCUUCAUCAUCAUCAUCAUUCUGUUUAUAAUGAGAAAACGAAGAGAUGCUAAAACUGAAGACCUCACAGUGAAACAGGACAAUCUGUACUCUGAUGUAACAGGGAGAGACGUUCAUGUUUCUGAAUCAGCCGAUUGUGAUGACGCUCAGUACGCCACUGUUACUUCCAGCAAACCCAGAAGAGACAGAAACGCUCCUGAUCGCAGAGAUACUGAGGAGAUCCAGUACGCAACUGUACAACAUCACAAAAACAAACAGACCAAGAGAUCAGAGGAGAACGAAAGCCAGUACGGCAAUAUCAGGAUUCACCAGCCUGAAUCUGCUGUGAGGCGAUCAAAUGUUGAAACUGUGGACGACGCUUCUGUGAUCUACAGCCGUGUCAAAUGAGUAACAGAGACCAUCAUGAAGACAAAGGCCUAAACAAAUAAUAAUUAAUGUUCUGAAAGUAGGGCUGUGAAUGUAGCGUGUUCAGUGAUUUAUUAUUCAUUAUUCAGGUAAAUAAUGACAGGAAUGCAGUGAUUAUGAUCUGAUUACAAGAUGAAGACAAAUGAAAGAGUCAAGAACCCACAACACAGUGUUUGAUGAGACUAAAAAACGUUUGUGAUGUCACUGGCUGGUAAUUCGAUUUAAACUUUUGACUUCAAUGUUUUCUGUGACCAAAUAAAAAAAAUCAUAUCAGUUUUACCAAA